UCUGUCUACUUUUUCAGUAAACUGUACAAAAGUUUCCUUCAAAGGCAAACGGACAUCUAUCUCAACAACGAUGGUAGGUAUUAAUAAACCAUUAUUAGAAUAAGCAGAAAUUCAUAGAUACUCAAAAUGUGAAUAUGGGACAUGUAUCUUUAAUGAACCAACACUAGACAGUACUUCCAUUACAACCUGCUCUGUCCAUCUACUCUGUGGUGUAGUUCAGCUUGCUGCUGGCUCUGCUGUUCCCCGUGGUGGUGCAGUCCUCCCUGCAUCCAGUGGACUGUAAUGAGGUGUACCGAUCAGGUUUUGGACUGAAUGGGGUUCACACCAUUUAUCCUGCAGGACCCACCUCACCUGUCCAGGUGUUCUGUGACAUGUCGAUGGACAGUGCACAUCUAGGAAAGUGGACGGUCAGUAUCCAAUGUUUCUACCAAUCUUUAAAUACACAUAGGUAUUUGCUUUUUUUUUUUUUACACUGUUAGCAAUAGCUGUACAUUUUACAGUACAUUUACAGUAACACAACACUGUAUCACUGUAUUUGCUGUCAAUCACAUUGCACUUGGGUACUUUUUGACCCGUCCUGUAAAUUUAAAUUACAUUUACAUUUAUGACACAAACUGUUAAAGAAUUACUAGUCAUUUUACAGUAAGUUACAGGCUAUUGAGUUGCAGUGAAAAUACAGUAAUAUGUUUUUACAGCAAAACUGUAUUUUGUUCAGUAAAUAUACAACAACUAACUGUAUUUUUACAACUAAAUUGAAGAUGUUAUUGCUGUAAAAUGACAGUGUGCUGCUGUUUUCGGAUUACAGUACACUCUUGUACACUGAACAAAAAUAUAAACACAACAUGUACGGUGUUGGUUCCAUGUUUCAUGAGCUGAAAUAAAAGAUCCCUGUUAGUGAGCAUUUCUCCUUUGCCAAAAUAAUCCAUCCACUUGACAGGUUUGGCAUGUCAAGAAGCUUAUUAAACAGCAUGAUCAUUACACGGGUGCACCUUGUUCUGGGGACAAUUAAAAGGCCGCUCUAAAAUGUGCAGUUUUGUCACACAACACAAUGCCUCAAGCUUUGAGGGAGCGCGCAACUGACAUGUUGACUGCAGGAAUGUCCACCAGAGCUGUUGCCAGAGAAUGUAAUGUUCAUUUCUCUACCAUAAGCCGCCUCCAAUGUCAUUUUAGAGAAUUUGGCAGUACGUCCAACCGGCCUCACAAACACGUGUAUGGCAUCGUGUGGGAGAGGGGUUUGCUGAUGUCAACGUUGUGAACAGAGUGCCCCAUGGUGGCGAUGGGGUUAUGGUAUGGGCAAGCAUAAGCUAUGGACAAUGAACACAAUUGCAUUUUAUCAAAGGCUAUUUGAAUGCAUAGAGAUACCGUGACGAGAUACUGAAGCCCAUUGUGAGGCCCAUUUUUUUUUAAAGGUAUCUGUGAGCAAAAGAUGCAUAUCUGUAUUCCCAGUCAUGUGAAAUCCAUAGAUUAGGGCCUAAUGAAUUUAUUUCAAUUGACUGAUUUCCUUGUAUGAACUAUAACUAAGUAGAAUCUUUGAAAUUGUUGCGUUUAUUUAUUUUUUCAGUAUAAAUAAUGUUACUAUAACUUUACAACAACUCAGUAGUCUGUAAAUUAUUGUAAUUUUAUAAGUAUUACAGUAACAUUUGAUACAAUUAUUAUUAUUACAAUUAUUAGUAUUACAGUAACAUUUGAUACAAUUAUUUAUUGUGGGCACACUUGGGACUCAACCUCACCUGGGAUUUGAACUCAUAACCUUGCCAGUAAAUCUGCAUUUCUUACUAUGCAGGGUAGAUCUGUGGGCUUGACAGAGGUUGGCCACAGAUUUAAUGUCAAUAAUACAUUUCUGCACUUAGCUAAACAGCAGUGCUCAAGGAGUGCCCCGCCAGUACAUUGCCCCCAUCUACAUUUCAAACCGUACCCUAUUUUUUGAGAGUGUGUUGAUAUAUGUUCUUGGUACCUGGUGGCACUGCUGAAACAUCAACGCACUCCCGACAAAGAGGUUGCAAGUUCAAAUCCCAGAGCAUAUAUCCACACUUUCUGUUAAGUGUCCCUGAGACAUGCAAUUUUUGAGUUGGUGCUGUCAGAUAUUCUGACAAUUAUUAUACUUGAUUCUGGGAAACUUAGUGAAGUGCAGAAAUGUAUUAUUGCCAAUAAAUCUGUGGCCAGCUCUGCUAUGCCCACAAACCUGAGCCCUAUACUACGUACUGUAUGUGAUUUGAGGAGUUAGCGAUGUAACUUUGGUCAACUCGGAGGUUCAACUCAGGAUAACCGGUAAACACUAAAAACAAAUGGUUCUAAAUAGUGCCAAAUAAGGGUAAUUUGGCUUGUAACCAUAACAGAACCCUUUUUGGUGCUAUAUAGAACCCUUUUUUGAAAGUUCUAUAAAUAACCAUGGUCAUAAGGUUCUAAAUGGAACCUGUAUGGUGCUAUAAAGAACCCUUUCCUAAGGUUCUAUAAAGAACCACUAAUAAAAUGUUCUAUAUAGCACCAAAAAAAAAAAGGUUCCGCUAUGAUUACAACCUUUUUGGGGCUUUACAGAACCCUUUUUUAAUGGUUCUUUAUGGAACCUUUAUGGCGAAUGGUUCUAUGAAGAACCUUUCUCAAUCUCAAAGGUUCUUUGUAGAACCAUACAGGGUUUUUAUUCUGGUUUAAUAGACAUAUUAUAUUGUUAAAAUUCCCAGAGGUGUUAUUAUUGUGUUGAUAGUUGACUAUCUGAAUCAGGUGUGCUAGUUCUGGAACAGAUGGAGAGUCCCUGAGGAGAGAAUUCAGAACUACUGACUAGUUCUGGAAUAGAUGGAGAGUCCCUGAGGAGAGAAUUCAGAACUACUGACUUAGUCAACUGUUUUCAAUUGAGACAAGGCCAUGCGUGAGUCUUUCACAAGACACUGUCACCGGCCAUAGUCACACACUGUGAGCACCAAAAGUAUUGGGACAGUGAGCCCUUUGUUGUUGUUUUGGCUCUGUACUCCAGCUCUUUGGAUUUGAAAUGAUGAUGAACCGUUUAAAAAAAAAUGACAGCACUUUUUGUACAUAGUACCCCCAUUUCAGGGGACCAAAAGUAUUGGGACAAAUUCACUGAUAUGCGUAUUAAAGUAGUCAAAAGUUCAGUAUUUGAUCCCAUAUUCAUAGCACGCAAUGACUACAUCAAGCUUGUGAUUCUACAAAGUUGUUGGAUGCGUUUGCUGUUUGUUUUGGUUGUGUUUCAGAUUAUUUUGUGUCCAAUAGAAAUGAAUGGCAAAUAAUGUAUUAUGUCAUUUUGGAGUCACUUAACCAUCCCGUUGUCCUAGGGUCAAAAUGGCCCGCCACUGUGUUAAACCAACUUUAUUUAAUUUUUAUAUUUUGGGGAUCAUUUGUGAGAAGGAGGCAGUGAGACUUUAAAGAAAGUAUCACUGCCUCCUUCUCACAAAUGAUCCAAAAAAUAUAAAAAUUAAAUAAAGUUGGUUUAACACAGUGGCGGGUCAUUUUGACCCUAGGACAACGGGAGGGUUAAGAAUAGAAUGUGUUUCUAAACACUUCUACAUUAAUGUGGAUGCUACCAUGAUUAUGGAUAAUCCUGAAUGAAUCGUGAAUAAUGAUGAGUGAGAAAGUAACAGACGCACAAAUAUCACCCCCCCCCCCCCCCCUGUUACUUUCAAUGCUAAACUUUUGACUACUUUAAUACACGUAUAAGUGAAUUUGUCCCAAUACUUUUGGUCCUCUAAAAUGGGGGGGACUAUGCCCAAAAAGUGCUGUAAUUUCUAAAUAAUUCACCCGAUAUGGAUAUAAAUACCCUCAAAUUAAAGCCUUUAACCUCACAGUCAUUGUAUCAUUUCAAAUCCAAAGAGCUGGAGUACAGAGCCAAAACAACAACAAAAUGGGUCACUGUCCCUAUACUUCUGGAGCUCAAUGUAUUACUUGUAGUAGCAUAGCACAACAGAUUAGAUAAACUGGAAGGACACUCUUACUCACGUUGGCACAAAAACACCACGCCCCAAAAUAUUUUAAUUAACACCCACCCCACAUUUUCAUUAUCACUAAAAGAGGAAAGAAUCCUUAUUUGAACUGCAAAGAACCAUUGAAGGGCUCAAAUGGUUCUUUGGGUCAGUAUGGUUCCACAUAGAACCAUCACCCUUCCCAAAGAACCCUUGAAGAACCCAUAUGUUUUAGUGUGCUCCACGAAAGUGCCUCACCUUUUAGCAAAUUUCAUUUCUAUGGCAACUAAUCCUUCAGAACUUACCUGGUCCUGGGCUGCCUAACUCAGGGCUAACUCAGGGCUAACUCAGGGCUAACUCAGGCCUAACUCAGGCCUAACUCAGGCCUAACUCAGGCCUAACUCAGGCCUAACUCAGGGCUAACUCAGGGCUAACUCAGGGCUAACUCAGGCCUAACUCAGGCCUAACUCAGGCCUAACUCAGGGCUAACUCAGGGCUAACUCAGGGCUAACUCAGGGCUAACUCAGGGCUAACUCAGGGCUAACUCAGGCCUAACUCAGGGCUAACUCAGGGCUAACUCAGGGCUAACUCAGGGCUAACUCAGGGCUAACUCAGGGCUAACUCAGGCCUAACUCAGGCCUAACUCAGGCCUAACUCAGGGCUAACUCAGGGCUAACUCAGGGCUAACUCAGGCCUAACUCAGGCCUAACUCAGGCCUAACUCAGGGCUAACUCAGGCCUAACUCAGGCCUAACUCAGGGCUAACUCAGGGCUAACUCAGGGCUAACUCAGGGCUAACUCAGGCCUAACUCAGGGCUAACUCAGGGCUAACUCAGGGCUAACUCAGGCCUAACUCAGGGCUAACUCAGGGCUAACUCAGGGCUAACUCAGGGCUAACUCAGGGCUAACUCAGGGCUAACUCAGGGCUAACUCAGGCCUAACUCAGGCCUAACUCAGGCCUAACUCAGGCCUAACUCAGGGCUAACUCAGGGCUAACUCAGGCCUAACUCAGGGCUAACUCAGGGCUAACUCAGGGCUAACUCAGGCCUAACUCAGGCCUAACUCAGGCCUAACUCAGGCCUAACUCAGGGCUAACUCAGGCCUAACUCAGGGCUAACUCAGGGCUAAGUCGGGCCUAACUCGGGCCUAACUCGGGCCUAACUCGGGGCUAACUCGGGGCUAACUCGGGGCUAACUCAGGGCUAACUCAGGGCCUAACUCAGGGCUAACUCAGGGCUAACUCAGGGCUAACUCAGGGCUAACUCAGGGCUAACUCAGGGCUAACUCAGGCCUAACUCAGGCCUAACUCAGGCCUAACUCAGGCCUAACUCAGGCCUAACUCAGGCCUAACUCAGGCCUAACUCAGGGCUAACUCAGGGCUAACUCAGGGCUAACUCAGGGCUAACUCAGGGCUAACUCAGGGCUAACUCAGGCCUAACUCAGGCCUAACUCAGGGCUAACUCAGGGCUAACUCAGGGCUAACUCAGGGCUAACUCAGGGGCUAACUCCAUUUAUCCUGAAUUAAGUGUCGGAGCCACAAGUAGAGAACCAAUGAAAUCAGAUUCCCUCCCUCUCGCAAAGAUUGCGUCAUCAUCCCCUUCAUUUGAGGAAGAUGACUGAUUCAAUAUUUUCUAUAGUAAUCUUAAAAUACCUAUCACAUUACCCAUUUAGUAAUGACAGAAUGCAUUUGAAACUUCAAGCACAGUAAAAAAAAAAGUGUGUAUGACUUAAUAGAAUGAUUUGAUUGUGUGGUGUAUUGAUAAGCUACUAAAGAACACCAACGACGGCAUUAACAAUAAGUAAUAAAGUACUAAAAUAAAGAUGGCGCCUACUGAAUAAUAAUAAUAAUAAUAGCCUGAUGAAUAAGCUGAUAAGCAAGAUAUAACGUUUCAUUCAUUUUGAUUUCAGCACAAAUGAAAAUGUGUCGCCCACGGAUUGAUGUUUCAGCAUUGUCUCAAUGAAGAGUGCGGUGUUCGACUAGCAGCACUGACUCUCCCACGGAUUGAUGUUUCAGCAUUGUCUCAAUGAAGAGUGCGGUGUUCGACGAGCAGCACUGACUCUCCCACGGAUUGAUGUUUCAGCAUUGUCUCAAUGAAGAGUGCGGUGUUCGACUAGCAGCACUGACUCUCCCACGGAUUGAUGUUUCAGCAUUGUCUCAAUGAAGAGUGCGGUGUUCGACUAGCAGCACUGACUCUCCCACGGAUUGAUGUUUCAGCAUUGUCUCAAUGAAGAGUGCAGUGUUCGACUAGCAGCACUGACUCUCCCACGGAUUGAUGUUUCAGCAUUGUCUCAAUGAAGAGUGCGGUGUUCGACUAGCAGCACUGACUCUCCCACGGAUUGAUGUUUCAGCAUUGUCUCAAUGAAGAGUGCGGUGUUCGACGAGCAGCACUGACUCUCCCACGGAUUGAUGUUUCAGCAUUGUCUCAAUGAAGAGUGCGGUGUUCGACUAGCAGCACUGACUCUCCCACGGAUUGAUGUUUCAGCAUUGUCUCAAUGAAGAGUGCGGUGUUCGACUAGCAGCACUGACUCUCCCACGGAUUGAUGUUUCAGCAUUGUCUCAAUGAAGAGUGCAGUGUUCGACUAGCAGCACUGACUCUCCCACGGAUUGAUGUUUCAGCAUUGUCUCAAUGAAGAGUCCGGUGUUCGACUAGCAGCACUGACUCUCCCACGGAUUGAUGUUUCAGCAUUGUCUCAAUGAAGAGUGCGGUGUUCGACUAGCAGCACUGACUCUCCCACGGAUUGAUGUUUCAGCAUUGUCUCAAUGAAGAGUGCGGUGUUCGACUAGCAGCACUGACUCUCCCACGGAUUGAUGUUUCAGCAUUGUCUCAAUGAAGAGUGCGGUGUUCGACUAGCAGCACUGACUCUCCCACGGAUUGAUGUUUCAGCAUUGUCUCAAUGAAGAGUGCGGUGUUCGACUAGCAGCACUGACUCUCCCACGGAUUGAUGUUUCAGCAUUGUCUCAAUGAAGAGUGCGGUGUUCGACUAGCAGCACUGACUCUCCCACGGAUUGAUGUUUCAGCAUUGUCUCAAUGAAGAGUGCGGUGUUCGACUAGCAGCACUGACUCUCCCACGGAUUGAUGUUUCAGCAUUGUCUCAAUGAAGAGUGCGGUGUUCGACUAGCAGCACUGACUCUCCCACGGAUUGAUGUUUCAGCAUUGUCUCAAUGAAGAGUGCGGUGUUCGACUAGCAGCACUGACUCUCCCACGGAUUGAUGUUUCAGCAUUGUCUCAAUGAAGAGUGCGGUGUUCGACUAGCAGCACUGACUCUCCCACGGAUUGAUGUUUCAGCAUUGUCUCAAUGAAGAGUUCAGUGUUCAACUUAGCCACGUGCGACAUGCACGCGCAGUUACAAAACUGCUAGAGUUAGCUGCAGGUGGACGAGCAAUAUCUAUCGUCUUAGUACAGAUGAAGCCUGAGCUGAAAUGUGAAGCUAACUGAAGCUGGCUAGCUUUAGAAAACCCUGAGUAGAUCUAGCUUCAAUCGUAGUAUACCCAUCAGGUGGCAUAGCAGGAAAUUCAGGUACCUGGCAACCAAGAGGUUUCAAUUCCAAAUUCCAGGUGUGGUUGAGUCCCAAGUGUGUUCAUAGCGAAGGAUUUUACAAGAUUUUUCUGUCAUACUUAUCCUGUAAAAUUACGAUAACUUACGGGCUACUGAGUUGUCAUCAUUUACAAGCGUGUACUGUAAUCAGAAUAGAGCAGCAUACUGUCAUUUUAGCUUAAUUCAGAUGUUUAAAAAAAUACAGUAAGUUGUUGUAUAUUUACUGUAUUUUUACUGCAACUUUUAGCAAAGUGCAUAAAUGUAUUCUUGGCCAAUCUCUACCAUGAACACAGACCUGGUGGCGUGGCAGGAAACUCAGGUCACUGGCAACCAAGAGGUUGUGAGUUCAUACCCACGUGAGGUUGAGUCCCAAGUAAUCAGAACACAGCAGCAUACUGUCACUUUACGGCAAUAACCCCAUAAUUCAGCUGUAAAAAUACAGUAACUUGUUUUACUGUAUUUUCACUGCAACCAGUAGCCAGUAGUGUAGCGUAAAAUUACAGAAAAUGCAGCUGUAAAAAUACAAUAACUCGUUGUUGUAUAUUUACCAUAUUUUCACUACAACCAGUAGCCGGUAGUGUAGCGUAAAAUUACAGAAAAUGCAGCUGUAAAAAUACAGUAACUUGUUAUUGUAUAAUUACCAUAUUUUCACUACAACCAGUAGCCGGUAGUGUAGCGUAAAAUUACAGGUUAGUUGUUCCUGCCAAACCAGUACUAGGACACAGACACUGUGCACGUUCUCUCUUUUUCCUCUUCCUUCUUUACACAUAAGAACUGAUUUACCAUUAAAACCAGUCAAUCAAUUAAAACAACAUCUCUCUCUUAAUCAGGUGAUUCAAAACAGACAGGACGGAUCAGUGAACUUCCACAGGAAGUGGGAUGAGUACAAGAGUGGGUUUGGGAGCGCAGCUGGAGAGUACUGGCUGGGUAAGAAACUGAUUUAACGUCUAAACCUCCAGAACAUUCUCCUCUCAGAACCCCUGUUCAGCGAAUGAGCUCCUUCCUGUUUGUCCUGAUUCACGUAAAGUUCAUUUGUCAUUGUAUUUCCAACAACACAGUGUACUUCUAUGCUGGUACUAUUCUACAGGGCUGGAGACGAUGCAUCUCCUGACUACGAAAGGAACCUAUGAGCUGAGGGUGGACAUGGAGGACUUUGAGGGGAAGAAGGUCUAUGCUCAGUACUCCUCCUUCUCUGUUGGACCAGAGGCUGAAGGAUACCUGCUAAAGCUGGGUUCAUUCAAAGAUGGAGGAGCAGGUGGGUGACAACUUAAAUUGUCCAAGAAAAAAUUACAACAAAAAGGUCCAAGAAUAUAGCACCAGAAAAUAGAACCAGAACAAAUUCCAAGGAAAAACACUCCAAGAUAAUCUGUCAUUAAGGGUUCAUAGCUGAAGAUUUGCCAGUGGAAGUAUUAUCAUUAGGUUACCUGGUGUCACGAUCGUCUGAAGAAGCGGACCAAUACGCAGCGCGUGGAGUGAACAUGAUGACUUUAUUUAAUAAAGCAACCACGAAAAAACAACAAAUGACGAUAGUGAAGUCCUCUGUAACACUGACAGAAACAUGGAACAAAAACCCACAAAACCCAGGUGAAACCACACAGUUUAAAUAUGGCUCCCAAUCAGAGAUAACGAGCCGACAGCUGACACUCGUUACCUCCGAUUGGGAGUCAUAUGACUAAUCAACAACAAAACCAAACAUAGAAAUGAACAACUAGAUCCAACAUAGAAAUACACCCUAAAUGAAAAUAACAACCCUGGCUCAACAAUCAGAGUCCCCGGAGCCAGAGUGUCACAGUACCCCCCCCUAAAGGUGCGAACUCCGGGCGCACCAGCACACAGUCUAGGGGAGGGUCUGGGUGGGCGUCUGUCCAUGGUGGCGGCUCUGGCCCAGGUCGUGGUCCCCACCCCACCUUAGUCACUAUCCGCUUCCGUAGCCCCCUCCACCUGACCACCCCCCAACUAAACCCCACUGGAUUAAGGGGCGGCACCGGACUAAGGGGCAGCACCGGACUAAGGGACAUUACCUGACUAAGGGGCAGCACCGGCCUGAGGGGCGGAUCCUGGCUGGCUGGCUCUGGCGGAUCCUGGCUGGACGGCUCUGGCGGAUCCUGGCUGGACGGCUCUGGCGGAUCCUGGCUGGCGGAAGGCUCUGGCUGAUCCUGUCUGGCAGAAGGCUCUGGCUGAUCCUGUCUGGCGGAAGGCUCUGGCUGAUCCUGUCUGGCGGAAGGCUCUGGCUGAUCCUGUCUGGCGGAAGGCUCUGGCUGAUCCUGUCUGGCGGAAGGCUCUGGCUGAUCCUGUCUGGCGGAAGGCUCUGGCUGAUCCUGUCUGGCGGAAGGCUCUGGCUGAUCCUGUCUGGCGGAAGGCUCUGGCUGAUCCUGUCUGGCGGAAGGCUCUGGCUGAUCCUGUCUGGCGGAAGGCUCUGGCUGCUCCUGUCUGGCGGAGAGCUCUAGCGGCUCCGGUCUGGCGGACGGCUCUGAAGGCUCAUGGCAGACGGGCGGCUUUGCAGGCUCAGUACAGACGGGCAGUUCCUGCGGCGCUUGGCAGACGGACAGUUCAGACGGCGUUGGGCAGACGGGCAGUUCAGGCGCCGUUGGGCAGACGGACAGUUCAGACGGCGUUGGGCAGACGGACAGUUCAGGCCCCGUUGGGCAGACGGACAGUUCAGACGGCGUUGGGCAGACGGACAGUUCAGACCCCGUUGGGCAGACGGCAGACUCUGGCCGUCUGAGGCGCAUCGUAGGCCUGGUGCGUGGUGCCGGAACAGGAGGUACCGGGCUGAGGACACGCAUCUCAGGGCUAGUGCGGGGAGAAGCAACAGGGCAUGCUGGACCCUGGGGACGCACCGUAGGCCUGAUGCGUGGUGCCGGAACUGGAGGUACCGGGCUGAGGACACGCAUCUCCGGGCUAGUGCGGGAAGCAGCAACAGGGCAUGCUUGGCCCUGGGGACGCACCGUAGGCCUGAUGCGGGUGCCGGAACUGGAGGUACCGGGCUGAGGACACGCAUCUCAGGGCUAGUGCGGGGAGAAGCAACAGGGCAUGCUGGACCCUGGGAACGCACAUAAGGGCUAGUGCGGAGAGCCGGAACAGGGCAUGCUGGACCCUGGGGACUCACAUUAAGCCUAGUGCGGAGAGCAGCAACAGGACGCACAGGACUCGGGAGACACACAGGAGGCUUGGGGCGUGGUGUAGGCACUGGUGGGAAAGGGCUGGCGACGCGCACCGUAUCCCUGGUGCGAGUGGCCGGAACAGGCCGGGCCGGGCUGGCGAAGCGCACCGUAUCCCUGGUGCGAGUGGCCGGAACAGGCCGGGCUGGGCUGGCGAAGCGCACCGUAUCCCUGGUGCGAGUGGCCGGAACAGGCCGGGCUGGGCUGGCGAAGCGCACCGUAUCCUUGGUGCGAGGGGUCGUAACAGGCCGGACCGUACUGGAGGCACACACCACUGGCUCUACCCCGGGAACUGGAACGGGCCGGACCGGACUGGAUACACACCUCAGUCUCUCACGCCGUGCCUCUACAUCUCCUUUCCCUACUUUGGCCAGUGACCCCCGUAACCUGGUUGCCUCUUGAAUUCGCCCCUUCUCUGCCUCCGUUAGCCCCGUCGUCCAAGCCAUGUGCCCCCCCCAAAAGACUUUUUGGGGUUGCCUCUCGUCCUUCCAACGAUGAUGGCCCUGCUGACGCCGUUGCUCCUCUCUCGCCAGGGCCUUGAUCUUCCCCCAAGGUCCCUUGCCCCCGAGCAUGUCCUCCCAGGACCACGAUUUGCCCACCUGGGCCAUCGCCAGCCUCUCGAUCUCUUUACCAGGCGCUUCCUCCCAUGUCCAGCUGUCUUGCUCCUGGACACGCUGCUUGGUCCUUCUAUGGUGGGUUUUUCUGUCACGAUCGUCUGAAGAAGCGGACCAAUACGCAGCGCGUGGAGUGAACAUGAUGACUUUAUUUAAUAAAGCAACCACGAAAAACAACAAAUGACGAUAGUGAAGUCCUCUGUAACACUGACAGAAACAUGGAACAAAAACCCACAAAACCCAGGUGAAACCACACAGUUUAAAUAUGGCUCCCAAUCAGAGAUAACGAGCCGACAGCUGACACUCGUUACCUCCGAUUGGGAGUCAUAUGACUAAUCAACAACAAAACCAAACAUAGAAAUGAACAACUAGAUCCAACAUAGAAAUACACCCUAAAUGAAAAUAACAACCCUGGCUCAACAAUCAGAGUCCCUGGAGCCAGAGUGUCACACCUGGGGCCCUUUCCUUGUGUUGCUGGUCUGUGCUCUUUGUUCAUAUCUUCAGGAGAUUCUAUGACUCAAUCAGAGUGGUCAGAAAUCUUUGUUUUUAUCCUCAGGAGAUUCUAUGACUCAUCACAGUGGUCAGAAAUCUUUGUUUUUAAUCCUCAGGAGAUUCUAUGACUCAUCACAGUGGUCAGAAAUUUACAACGUUAGAUAAAGACCAGGACCUUAACCUCAACAACUGUGGCCAGAUGUACUACAGUGGAUUUUGGCACAACAACUGCCAUUGGACUAAUCCCAAUGGGAUAUACGCAUGGGGGGAGUCUGCCUACGGUAUUGGCAUCAACUGGAAAACAUGGAAAGGCUUUACAUACUCCCUGAAAACCAUUACCAUGAAGAUCAGACCAGCCACUGAAUAGAAGUGAAACGGCUUAACUGAUAACCAUCUCUACUUCUAACUAAAUUGUUAAAUCAACAUUUUCAAUAACAAUGAUUGCCACAAAAACAUAUUUCUACCACUUACACACAUUACGUUUACAGGGCAGGGGGUAUCUUUAUUUCUAAGUGUGAUUGGGUCUUCAGAGAUCAUUAGAGGGUGCAGCAGGACACAGAAGAUCCUCUGAUCUACUAAGAAGUGCAGCUUUGCCAUAGCAACAGAAACCUGACUGCAGUGGGGAUGAUGUGACUCCAACACAUCCUCUGUCUGUCUGUUUCAUACCCUAACCCACUGUCUGUCUGUUUAAUACCCUAACCCACUGUCUGUCUGUUUCAUACCCUAACCCA